AUGCGAGCAGCGCCAAAGGUACAAACUAAAACGGCCUUUUUAGACAAAGAAGAACAAAAUACACGGAAACAAGCAGUCAUACUACGAGGCACGCGGUUCCUGCCUACAGUUCAUGUCAAGCCGCCUUCUGAUUCAGACCACCACACUACAAGAGAAUCUCUACGAGCAGGGCCCAAGGUACAAGACACAACGGCCUUUUUAGACAAAGGAGAACAAAGUGCAAAACAACGAACACAACUGGGCUCAAGCUUCCUACCCACAGUUCAUAUCAAGCCGCCUCCUGAUCCUAACUCUCCCGGAGAAAACGGUACCGCAGUUCGCCUCACAAACCUGACAGACGCCGAGGAAAGUCUGAGGAAAGAACUGUUGGAGAAAUACGGACUGGACGAGUUCGUCAGCCGACAGAUCUCCCUACAUAGGACACUACCGUAUUCACGCCCCGAGAGUUGCCAGAGACAGACGUUCCUGUCCAACCUGCCAACCGUCAGCAUUAUAGUGGUGUUUCACAACGAAGCCGACUCUGUGCUGAAGAGGACCCUGCAUAGUAUUCUAGACAACACACCUUCAUCCCUUCUACAGGAGGUUCUGCUAGUAGACGACUUUAGCAAUAAUGAUGAUCUUAAACAGGAUUUGGAGGACUAUGUCUCGCGACUACCCAGGAUAAGGCUGGUGCGGAACAGGCGGCGGGAGGGCCUGACACGUGCGCGGAUCCGGGCCGCCAACCUGGCGUCUGGCGACGUGCUGGUGUUCCUGGACUCUCACGUGGAGUGUAACACCAGGUGGCUGGAACCUCUCGUCGACAGAAUAGCCAGGGACACAAAAACAGGUCAGUGCUGGUGA